UUUUGACCUCUACGGAUCCACCGCACAGUGCAACCAGCUGGCAGGGCGGGACCUGCAAGCUGUGGGAAUGGAGGCAGACAGCAGUGCCAAAGUUAGGCACCGUCGCCUGAGACAUCUUCCCGUCAGCGCCAAAGAGACAGCUCGGGGCCGAGGCCACGCGCAAGUGCCCAAGCACAACGUGCACCUGCCACAACAUCUCUAAGAGAGGGGGCAGGCACACUUGACCAAGGGGACCCCGAGCAGCAAGCGCAAAAAGAAAGCCAGCUGCAGGGAGACUGCAACUGGACGCUAUCUCGAGCCGACUGCCUUCGACUGUGCAAGAGGGACAACAGGCGAGACAACGCCCUCCCACAAGGGCCGCGAUGGCACCGAGACGAGGAGGGCAGAGGCCGUGGGACGCGCAACGCACACACGCACGAGAAGCGCGCCCAACGCCAAAAGAGAGGAUGUUGGGGCCCUGAGCCUACGCUCAAAGCCACAGCAACAUCCGCCGAGCCACGGUCAGGAUGGAGUCAUCCCCGUGCUCGGACCCAGAAGAGGUGCACCCAAUAUGUGCGCGCACCUUCCCCCAGAGAUGGGGUGCCUGACGCACGUGCACGACUACGCCAACGACGAGAGAGCGACAGCCUGGCAAAGAAAAAACUCGACCACCCACAAAAGGACGACGAGCCCACAGCCCCUGGUGCAGCCAGCGCCAAGACGACCGACGGACUCGCCCCAGAUGUGGGGUAACGCACGGAUGCCUGCCAAAAGGGUCAGUCGCAUCGGGCCGUGCAGAAUAGAGAUGGCGUACCCUCGCCACAGGGAAAACUCGACCACCCACAAAAGGACGACGAGCCCGAAAUCCAAGGUGCAGCCAGCGCCAGGACGACAAACGGACUCGCCCCAGAUGUGGGGUUAAGCACGGAUGCCUGCCAAAGGGGUCAGUCGCAUCGGGCCGUGCAACAAAACGAAGACGAAAAGGCGGCCCUGCGCCACAGAGAAUCAAUCCGAGCUGUCCGACUCGUCCUGGCGGCGUCUCGCCAGGAAGGAAGGCGUGAGACGUGGUCCCUGAGAAGGAGGCUGCGGAGCUGCACCUUCUUCGGCCACUAGCCGACUCCGCACGCAUAUGGGACCCUCUCGAUGGGAGGAGCUAGCUGCAGCAGUCAUAUCGUCCUUGCCAUCACAAGGACGUUGCACGCACUCCACUUCCCCCCCGUCAGUCACACCCACCGAGUCCCCACCCACUCCAGACGGUCUGUCGACGCCCUCAAAGACAAAUGAGUCAAAACAGGCCAUACAGUUGUCAAGGUCAACUGUGACCCGUUCUUUCCGCUUGAAGUAGUGAGGGUGGUCACCGCGCCCUCCACUGUAAACGCGGCAGGAGUGUAGCUUAGAACUCAAUACGCUGAGAGGGUGGUUCCCAAGAGACUCCAAACAUCCCAUAAGAAGCCUCUUGUCCAGGACCACCCAGACACGGUGGCGAGGUGGGCCGACAGCCACUCGAUCCCAAUCUUCCAACAUAAACUGAGCUCUGCCUUGCGGCGUUCUGGCUGCACUUGCCAGUCGUGGGCACGGCAAAGGCCUGGCGAACAUCGGUAUCCGUGUGCCGCUGGCUGCCAGAUUACACAAAUCCCUUCUGCCAGUAGGAAGCCGUGCUUUCGCACGAGACCGACAGAUAGGAGACAGGCAGGCUCGAGGGCAUGGCCGCUACGUGAGGGGAGGCAGUAAACCGCAAUGGCGGGAACACUGGUCGCCACUGUUGUACAAGCCAGGGCGCGACGCCGUGCUUCUUUUUUCCCUCGAGUGCCCCAAAACUCCGCGCGGGGGUGAAUUCGCAGUCGCUGCUCAUCUGAAGAAAAACUGAUGGGACUGGUUUCCACCACCACCACCACCAUAAGCUGGAGGGGGGAAGGAGGAGGAGGACGAGAAGGAAGAGGACGAGGAGGAAGAGGAGGAGGAGGACCCCCUCCCCCUCCAACUUAUGGUGGUGGUGGUGGGAAAAAACGGCGUGGUGGCCCCAGGCUCGUCCUGUUGCGCGAGGCGAGAACUGCUAUGAGGAGUGCAGGGGACAGCGGCCCAGCGACCCACGGCAGGAGCAUCGGUGCCAAACGCGAGUAGUAGGGCUGCGUGCGGGGCGCGCCUGGACUUUCCGAUCGAGAAGCGCAGGGGCCUGGCAAAGAAAAAUGUUGAACGUCGUGUUAAAACCUGAGGCUCGCAGGCUGCUCAGAACUUCGGCGCUAGACCUGCCCCUGUCUCCU